GUAAUACGACGACUUUAUUCGCACAAUUCAAGUACUUUAAUCUGGCAAAUUGUACCCGGAAUUAUAGAAAACUUCCAGAGAAACUGGGGCGAGUGAAAAUGAGGACCGUGUACGGUGGAGAAGAAUCACAGUCCACUUUGGAUGACCUUGAGAAACAUCGAGGUGAAACGAGUGAUGUGGAAGUGAGGAAGAGUCAACACUGAUCGUUUCGUAAGAGCGUAAAACAUCGGUGUUAUUGGCGCCAUGGCUGAGAUCUGCGUCAGGGUGGCGGUGCGCGUGCGACCUCUGCUCCCCAAAGAGGUCCUGCGGAACCACCAGGUUUGUGUUCGGGUGGAUCCGGGUUCCAGCCAAGUCAUGAUCGGCGCGGACCGAAUGUUCGACUUCGACCACGCGUUCGGACCCGCAGCCAGCCAGAGGGAGGUCUAUGAGUCCUGCGUGAGACCCCUGGUGGAGGCUCUGGUGGAAGGCUUCAACGCCACCGUCUUCUGCUACGGACAAACCGGUUCGGGAAAGACCUACACUCUCGGAGGAGGGAAGCUGGAUAAAGAAGAAGGAAUCAUCGACUGUGUGGCACAGGAUUUGUUCUUGCUGCUGGACAAUAAGAAAAGGGCCAAUGGAGUCGGGUCGACGGUUCGAGUCUCGUACGUGGAGGUUUACAGAGAAGAACUGCUGGAUUUGCUGGAGCUCAACACCAGUCAGAAAGGACUUCACAUCAGAGAGGACGACAGAGGAAAUACAGUGGUGAAAGGAGCCAAAGAGACGGUGGUGACUUCAGCGGAGGACCUCCUCUCCGUUCUGGGCACAGGCAAUGCCCUGCGCCACACUGGCAGCACCGGGAUGAAUGAGCAGUCGAGUCGCUCGCACGCCAUCCUGACGCUCUUCCUCACCCAGCAGGAAUCCCACUCGGUGCUCUUCUCUAAGAUCUACCUGGUGGACCUGGCAGGUUCAGAGCGAGCCGGGAAAACAGGAAACACUGGCACGCGUUUCAAAGAGUCUGUGAACAUCAACAGCGGGCUGCUGGCGCUGGGUAAUGUCAUCCGGGCCCUCUCUGAAAAUGGACGAAACCGGCCAGGGAGCCACUUCAGCAGCGCCCACAUCCCGUACCGUGAUGCAAAAAUUACCCGGCUGCUCCGCGAUUCGCUCGGAGGCUCGGCCCACACGCUCAUGGUGGCCUGCGUCAGCCCCUCCGACCAAAGCCUUCCUGAAACACUCAACGUCCUGCAGUUUGCCUCCAAAGCGCGUCACAUUCGGAACCGACCAAGAGCCACCUCUGGCCUGGCUGAGUACAAACCUUGUGUGACAGCGUGGGACCCUGGGGAACCUCCACUGGAGGAGCAAGAGCACAAAGCAAAGACUCCUAGCACUGUGAAAGAUGAAGAUGAUGAGACGGAGAAAGCAGAAAGUGUGGAGGGCCAGAAUGAUCAGGAAAUUCACCUGACAGAUAAAGAAAUGGACCAGACAGAACCAUUCCGUUAUCGACAGCUUGUUCAGGAAGCCGCCACUCUCCUUGCGGAGGCCAGAAACUCCACCGAGAACAUGUCCUUUCGGCAGCGUCUGCAGGAGUGGCAGGAGAGAUUCAGUCACUCGCAUUGGCCUGAUGAUCCGUUGGAAGGAAACCAAACACUCCAUGCGACCAUCUCACAGCUGAGAGAAGAGCUCCCAAACUGUGAGGACGCUCAGAGUCACCAGAGUGAAGCGGAAUCCUGCCACGAAAAGAAAGACAUCGACAAACUUCUCCAGGCAUGUGAAGCUCAUCUGCAAGAGCUCGAUGAAGAGAAGGAGCGAACCCGUUUGCAGAACAAACAACUGGUGGAUCAUCAGAUUCUCAUCAGUCAGCUGCGUGAGGAGAUCAAGAGCUUGAGAAGAGGAACAUCAGGAACAAAGGUUUGUGGGGUUCCAGAGAAGAGACCGUCCAGUGCCCCCCUGGACAGACAGGAGCUUAAAAGCAAACCAGAUAGGCAGAUCCACUCCAGUCCUCCUGUCUGUUCGCUGGAGAAACUCACUGCAGCCUAUAAGAUGCGAGGUCAACUCCUGCUGGCUGAGCUGGAGAUGAACAGCGGAGCUUACGCUCCAGUGUUUCACGAGGCGAACAGGUUCCAAGAACAGAAGGAGGACCAUGAUGGGGCUGGAAAAAAACGUUACAGGCCGUCUCUGAACUCCACAUGGACCGUCCGUCAGAAGAAGUCCUCCCAGAAAGACCAAAGCAGCGAAAUAUCUAAUUUAUUCUCACAACAAAACCAGCAAAACUCAGAUACCAAAGACAGCGCCUGGAGAACCACAGGCCAAAGAGUCAGUGUGCUUCAGCGAAGAAUUCAUGAGUUGUCUGUCAACAUGAGAAUGAAAGAAGAACUCAUCAAAGAGCUGGAUAAGACAGACAUGGAGACCAGAGCAGUGAGCAGACAUGGCCGAGAGAGCGGAGACGGCAGCGACGCCGACGUGCUGGCGAGGUUGUCCGUGCAAAGUCGGCAAACACGAUCAGAACUUCAUCUAAAUCUCCAGCAGAUGAGACUGAAAAGAGCCGAACUUCAGAACCAGCUGAAGCAGGAGCAGGACGCUUGUAACAAGGGAGGUGGAUUACGCUGCCAAGAGGAGGGAAGCACAGACUUCAUCAUCUGUAAAAGCAACCCACAGGAGGAGUCAGUGGAAAAGAACUGUGACACUCGCUGGCUGGAGGAGGCAGAGGAAGAGUUUUUGCAGAGGCGAGCGAAGCUGGAGGACUGGGAGGAGGACCUGAGGAUGAGGGCGGAGCUACUCCUGCAGAGAGAGCAGUGUUUGGAACAGAAGAACAAGUUGGAGGUCAAGAAGUUGCGUUCUAGUCAGGCUCUGAGUCAGGACCUGCUGCACGUGUCAGUGCGGCUGGAGUCUCUGGAGGAAGAACUACAGAGCCGCGACAGGAGAGCCCGAGGACUCACGGUGGAGGAGCUGGAGGAGGAGAAAGACUUGCUGCUGCGGCAGAGAGACACUCUGGACUCGCAGUUGAAGGACCAGAAAGUGCUGAAUGAAGAGGAAGAGCAGUCCAGACUGCAACUGGAAGAAGCAAUAGAAGCGCUCGAUGCGGCGCUGGAGUUUAAAAAUCGCUCCAUCCAGGACAAACAGAGGAGUCUGUCCAUCUCUGACUCUUCCUUGAGUCAAUCCCAAAGCAGUGAACCUCCUCAAAAUAUCAUCAUGAAGCUGAAGGAGCUCUCACAUCCUGAGGUGUCGGAGCUGCUAGUCAAGUACUUCAAUAAGGUGGUUUGUCUGCGUGAGGUGGAGCGUCGCUUGCGCGUCCAAUGCGAAGAGUUGGAACUUCAAAGUAAAGAGCAGGAGGUGAUGCUGAAGGAGAAGGAGGCCGCCAUGCAGUGCCUGGCCCUGGACACAGACCGCCGGCUGACCCAGCAGCAGAGGGACCAUCAGAACAGCAUUCAGCUGCUGCUGCAGGGACUCAAAGAGGGCAGCUUAGGAAAUAACGGUGACCAAGAAAGAAUGCAGCAUCUGGAGAAAGAACUGUUUUUCUACAAGACUCAUUAUCGGAAGCUGGUGAGAAAAUCCCGAGACGUGCCCGGCAAUAGUCAACAACAGCACCCCGACACUCACCCGGGACAGACGCUGGUGCACCGGCGGGCGGACCCAGCACAGAUGCCAGCGGAUGACACUCAGGCCAGACCUUUCACAAAGGUCCACCAUGACCGAAAAAAGACCCACGACCCUCCGAUGGAGAGGCGCCAGUCUCCUUACUCGACAUCUCUCGCCAAGAGUCAAAGCAAAGCCAAACACCUGAUGCUAGCGUUGUCGCAGGAGACCAAAACAUCAUCUCACUUCGGAGAAAACGCGGAGGUGGCUCCAGCUCGCGUGCGACGCAGGCAACUGAGGCAGAUCUCACCGACCGAGCUGCAGCAGAAGGCAGUCACCACCAGGGGGCGCCAUCUUGAGUUUGAGAGCAGCACUGAGUGCCUCUCUCUGGACUCUAUUGACCAGCAGUCAAACAAUGUCGAUUAAUAAUGUGAGACAGUGAUUAUAAUUCUUUAUAUCGCCUCGGAUAUUAAUGUAUUAAAAUCUGAUGCCUUGAGCAAUAUUUGUUGGAUAAGCGAAUAGUUUUGUCUUCACAAAUCAUGAAUUAUGGGUAUUUAAAUAGCUAGUUCUGGUUGACAAUCUUGUGUGUUAGUUAUAUUCAUUGUUUCAAAAUGAACUGGUGGGGUUUAUAUGCAAGUGUUGACACUUCUCAUAGAAUCAUAGAGUUGUUUCUAGCAAUUGAAAGUCUUGCUUAGAUUAAUGUGAGGUUUCUCAUCGAGUUGUGUGUUCUGUUUCGUGUGUGCCAUGGUGAGGAAAAUUGUCUGUUGAGGGCUCUUUUAAAUGUCCCCUCAAAAUGUGCCUUAAUUUAUUUCCUGUCUUCCACUUUUUCAGUCUCUGAUAUUUGCACUUGAAAUAUUUUCACAGUUUGCAGAAAAUGCAAAAUGUCUGUUUUUUCUAAAAUAUUAUUUUGUUAUUUAUGACUUUUAUAGCGCCAAAAAAGUGAAUGCAUUUUUUCUGCUGUUCAAUAAAAUGAAAAGUCCAAACUGAGUAAACAAACACACUCUUUGAAACUGGCCUGUCUGAGUGUUUAAAACACAAUAUAGAACCGAAU